AUGGCUCUGGCGUCUAGAUUAGCCAUAAUUUCAGGUGGUAUAGGCGGCAUCGGCUCACUGACCGGCCAGCUGCUUCGGAAACAAGGAGCCAAAUUGGCCAUACUCUAUGCUCCAUUCGAAGCGCAGAAAGUCAAUCCAAUACUCCGGGAGGUCUUCGACGAAGAAGAUUCGGCCCUGACGGACGUUAAAACCUACGAGUGCGAUAUCGCAUCUCCAGAUUCAGUGCAGGCGGCUUUCUCGGCCAUUUUGAACGACAAUGCCGCCUUUCCAAGCAUUCUCGUCAACGCGGCUGGCAUCGUCAAUCUGCACCCGCUGGAGUCAUUUCCGGUCGAUGAUGCGCUGCGCCAUUAUAUGGUCAAUCUUUAUGGUCCGACUCUCACUGGGCAAGCGUUCGCCAGACUAUAUAUGGCCGCUGCCAAAGCCGCAGAAGGCCGUGGGAAAUCCAUCCCUGGUGGGCGUAUCGUCAACAUUGCUUCUCAAGCCGCGCAUGUCGCUUUGCACCAUCACGGCCCUUACUGCGCUUCCAAGGCUGGACUCAUCGGUUUGACAAAGUGCAUGGCAAGUGAGUGGGGUGGCAGAGGUAUUACCGCAAACUCGGUCAGUCCUGGACCGGUGAUGACGGAGCUUGGGAAGAAGGCUUGGGCAAAUGCAAAAGUCCGCGAGGAGUAUCUGGCUGCUGUUCCAACGGGUGGUUUUGCAGAACCUUUGGAGGUGGCGAGGAUUGUGGAGUUUCUGUGUCUUGAUGAGUCGAGGAAUAUCAAUGGGGCCGACAUAAGGCUUGAUGGGGGAUACACCGCGAAGUGA